AUGCUUUCCCUCUCUCUGCUCAGGUUCCUGGGAGUGUGUGUGCAUGAGGGCCAGCUCCAUGCUCUAACUGAGGUGAGCUCAUCCUGAUUCUGUCUCUCUGGGGGGAAUCCUUGCGUUUUAUCUUCCAGAGACAAUAGUGUCCAUGGUAACAGAAUUGGCUGCAUGCAUGGGCCAUAGCAAGUAAGAAGAGACGGGUUGCAUUCCAUUUCAAUUAAAUUCUGCAAAUGCCUGCAAAGAACAUAGGCUAAGGCCUCUACAGAAUAUUAGGUCCUUACAAUGCCUAUGGAAAUGUUUAACGUCUCAGGAACCACAUCAAUUUAGUGUAGGGUUAAUGAAAAUGUAAUAUGUGCAGGCAGGCGUGCACAGAAUCUGUGUGUCUGGAAUGGACUCAAUCUCAUGAACUGUGUGAGGUGAUUGACGCGUGUGUGUGCUGUUGUCAUGGUUACCCACAGUACAUCAACGGGGGUAACCUGGAGCAGCUGCUGGACAGUGACAGGUAUCUGUCGUGGUCGGUGAGGAUGGGCCUGUCUCAGGACAUCGCCUGCGGGCUGCAGUACCUCCACAGCAAGGGCAUCUUCCACAGAGACCUCACCUCCAAGGUAGGAGAUAGUAGGAUACAGGGUACCAGACAGACAGACACACAGUAACACAUCCCUUCACUUUUUUGCAUUAAUUGUUCGUUUCAUCUCCCACUGACUCUCACAUACACUCAUAUGCCCUCUCUCUCCUCUCUCUCUUUCAUAGAACUGUCUGGUGCGCUGUGAGAAUGGUGUGUUCACUGCAGUAGUGGGAGACUUUGGUCUGGCAGAGAAGAUUCCAGACUACAGGUUAGUGCUGUGAGAAAGUCCCCCAGACUACAGGUUAGUGCUGUGAGAAAGUCCCCCAGACUGUAGGUUAGUGCUGUGAGAAAGUCCCCCAGACUACAGGUUAGUACUGUGAGAAAGUUCCCCAGACUACAGGUUUGUGCUGUGAGAAAGUCCCCCACACUACAGGUUUGUGCUGUGAGAAAGUCCCCCAGACUACAGGUUAGUGCUGUGAGAAAGUCCCCCAGACUACAGGUUAGUACUGUGAGAAAGUCCCCCAGACUACAGGUUAGUGCUGUGAGAAAGUCCCCCAGACUACAGGUUAGUGCUGUGAGAAAGUCCCCCAGACUACAGGUUAGUGCUGUGAGAAAGUCCCCCAGACUACAGGUUAGUGCUGUGAGAAAGUCCCCCAGACUACAGGUUAGUGCUGUGAGAAAGUCCCCCAGACUACAGGUUAGUGCUGUGAGAAAGUCCCCCAGACUGUAGGUUAGUACUGUGAGAAAGUCCCCCAGACUACAGGUUUGUACUGUGAGAAAGUCCCCCAGACUACAGGUUAGUACUGUGAGAAAGUCCCCCAGACUACAGUAAGACUAUAUGACUGGCUCACCAUAUUCCCACCAUGACUGCACAUAUAACCUAGUCUAGAUGAAUGCAAGUCAAAUACAUUGUUGUACAUUCUAUUCUGUUUUCCUCUCCUGCAGUGACGGGGCUGAUAAGCAGCCUCUGGCCGUGGUGGGCUCCCCCUACUGGAUGGCCCCGGAGGUGCUGAGAGGGGAGGUCUAUGAUGAAAAGGUACUAACAGUACUCUACUGUUUCCUGGCUGCUAUCUCAUGAUGUUAUAAGAGUCAUCUGAUCCCAGUGCAUGAUGAGAGGAAGAAAACACAGUAAUACAAUGUAAUAAUACUAUGUUAUAAUGCAAUCUGGAAGGACAACUGUUACAUUUCCCUUCUGUGUUUUUCUGGUUGUGUCUAGUGGGUCUUGUUAAUAUGUAUGUUGCUAGCAAAUGACCAGACUCUUUCAAAGUGUAUUAUUGUGAAUAUUUCAAGUGAGAUGUUAUUUAUCAGAGGUGAUUGGCUGACUCUGACCUCUGACCCCUAGGUGGAUGUGUUUGCCUAUGGAAUCAUCCUAUGUGAGAUCAUCGCCCGGAUAGAGGCUGAUCCAGACUUCCUACCUCGCACUGAGGUACACACACACACACACACACAACCCCACAGUGUAUAACAGGCACACAGUUAACCAAUGUUUUUCCUUCUUAAAUUACCCUAAAUCAAUGCUUUCAUACUAUCACACAAACUGACAGUGUAUGAACAAACCCUUAAUCCAACCCUUUCACCACCACUAUACAACCCCAGUAAGCCUACUGCAGCCAAAUAGCACCAUAUAACCAUGUCUACUGCAGCCAAACAGCACCAUAUAACCAUGUGUACUGCAGCCAAACAGCACAUUUUUACAUUAACAUUUUAGUCAUAGCAAGACGCCUCUUAUCCAGAGCGACUACAGCACCAUAUAACCCAGUCUACUGCAGCCAAAACAGCACCAUAUAACCAUGUGGUACUUUGCAGCCAAUAGCACCAUAUAACCAUGUCUACUGCAGCCAAACAGCACCAUAUACCAUGUCUACUUGCAGCCAAACAGCACUAUAACCAUGUCUAAUGCAGCCCCAACAGCACCAUAUAAAAAACCAUGUCUACUGCAAGCCAAACAGCAACCAUAUAAAACAUGUCUACUGCAGCCAAACAGCACCAUAUAAAAACAUGGUUACUGCAGCCAAACAGCACCAUAUAACCAGGUCUACUGCAGCAACAGCACCCUAUAACCCAUGUCUACUGCAGCCAAAAACAGCACCAUAUAACCAUGUCCUGCAGCCAAACAGCCCAUAUAACCAUUCUACUGCAGCCAAACAGCACCAUAUAACCAUGUCGUAACUGGCAGCCAAACAGCACCAUAUAACCAUGUCUACUGCAGCCAAACAGCACCAUAUAACCAUGUCUACUGCAGCCAAACAGCACCAUAUAACCAUGUCUACUGCAGCCAAACAGCACCAUAUAACCAUGUCUACUGCAGCAAACAGCACAAUAACAUGUUCUGAACAUUCUUGUCGCCACUUUGACCACAGCACCAUAUAACCAUGUCUACGAGAAGUACCAUCCUUCCCAUGUCUGCAAUGUUCUGAGCCAACAGCACUUAAUCAUGUUCGUAAUCUUUCCAUUGACCGUAAGGCCAUCCUUCCUUACGAAGUUACACUAAAUGCAGUGAAAGACUUGAAUAUUUAAUCACUGCAGUGCAGGGCAGCAGUCCCAUUUGCAUGUGAGGUUUAAAGAGGAACUGACAGCAUUUUAACUACUUUGCAGAUAUGAAACAAACAGACAAUCAUAAUAUCAGUAAAAAAUAUCAAAUUCCCAGUUUAUGCUACAAAACCAACCAGGUUUUAAACGUAGGUUCUAUUUUACUCCAAAUUCCAUGACGUACACUAAGGCAUUGUUGGCAGAAUAGAUGGAUGCAGUUCAAUGAAUUAAUAUAAUUCACCAAUACAUUGGUAGUCCAAAAAAUAUUACUAUCAGGUUGUAAAUCACAGCUGGCCUAGUACAUUGUUUGCUGCCUCCACCCAUUCAGGAAGCACUGUUUCGGUUUCAAAGGCUGGGAAUUUCACUACAAUCACAGACAGUGUCACCAGCAAAGCACCCCCACACCAUAAAACCUCCUCCUCCAUGCUUUACGGUGGGAAAUACACAUGCAGGGAUUUUUUUAUUUUAUUUAACCUUUAUUUAAGAUCAUCCGUUCACCCACACCCCGUCUCACAAAGACACGGCGGUUGGAACCAAAAAUCUCCAAUUUGGACUCCAGACCAAAGGACACAUUUCCACCAGUUUAAUGUCCAUUGCUCGUGUUUCUUGGCCCAAGCAAGUCUCUUCUUCUUAUUGGUGUCCUUUAGUAGUGGUUUCUUUGGAGCAAUUCGACCAUGAAGGCCUGAUUCACACGGUCUCCUCUGAACAGUUGAUGUUGAGAUGUCUGUUACUUGAACUCUGUGAAGCAUUUAUUUGGGCUACAAUUUCUGAGGCUGGUAACUCUAAUGAACUUAUCCUCUGCAGCAGAGGUAUCUAUGGGUCUUCCAUUCCUGUGGCGGUCCUCAUGAGAGCCAGUUUCAUCAUAGCGCUUGAUGGUUUUUGCGACUGCACUUGAAGAAACUUUCAAAGUUCUUGAAAUGUUCCAUAUUGACUGACCUUCAUUUCUUAAAGUAAUGAUGGACUGUUGUUUCUCUCUUGCUUAUUUGAGCUGUUCUUGCCAUAAUAUGGACUUGGUCUUUUACCAAAUAGGGCUAUCUUCUGUAUACCACCCCUACCUUGUCAAAACACAACUGAUUGACUAAAACGCAUUAAGAAGGAAAGAAAUUCCACAAAUUAACUUUGAAGAAGGCACACCUGUUAAUUGAAAUGCAUUCCAGGUGACUAUCUCAUGAAGCUGGUUGAGAGAAUGCCAAGAGUGUGCAAAGCUGUCAUCAAGGCAAAUAGUGGCUAUUUGAAGAAUCUCAAAUAUAAAAUAUAUUUUGAUUUGUUUGACUUGUUACUAAAUUAUUCCAUAUGUGAUAUUUCAUAGGUUUGAUGUCUUCACUAUUAUUCUACAAUGUAAAAAUAAAGAAAAACCCUUGAAUGAGUAGGCGUGUCCAAACUUUUGACUGGUAGUGUAUGUAAUUCUCAAACAUUCUAAGAAUUUAUGAAAACGUGAAAAUGACCAUAUCCAAGUGCUCGCUUGUCAGAAAAUGUAAAACAAAAAAACAGUGUCAUUCUUCCUGGGGGGUGUAUAUAAAUAGAUUUUAAUAAGACUUCAUGUUACUAAAAUGCUGUCAGUUCCCCUUUUGAGUAUACCUUUCACAGUGUAUGUCUCCAUCGAGUGGAUACUAUGGAGAACUACAACACGUAUGUUUUUUUAAACCUAGUCAGACAAACUGAUUGACAGCUAGUUGGCUACAUAAGACGAUGAUGAUGAUGAUGAUCCUCUGUGUGUGCAGGACUUUGGACUAGACGUGGAUGCCUUUGAGAACCUGGUCGGUGACUGUCCAGCACCAUUCCUCAACCUUGCAGUCCUCUGCUGCAAUGUAAGAUACAGACUGACAGACUGACAUAAUAAUUGCAUGCAUCCAUGACUCUGUGUACAUACUUACUAUAAAUACAUAGAUUGACAACCUAAAACGACCAUACAUUCCAAAAAGUAGGCACUGUUUACACUCUUCCUGCUCCCCUCACUCUGUUUCUCCCUCUUUCUCAGAUGAAUGCAAAGAUACGUCCCUCGUUCUCCGAGAUAGUGGUUGUUGCUGGAGGGGAUGGAGAGAGGAGAGGAGGAGAGGAAGACGGUCAUCCCUCUGGGUGAUUAUCUCUCCUCAGAACCCGCUACCGUCCACAUCAGCCCCUACCGACGACGGAGUUCCCCCUGUCGCCCCGGCGACCAGCGGUUGUCACGGAGCCAGUCGGACAUGCUUCCCCCAACGACGCCCCCUCUAGGCACCCCGGCACGGGUCAACCCUUUCUCCCUGCGGCAGGACCUGAACGGGGGCCGCAUCAAGCUUUACGACACCCCCAAGCAAGUCUGUCAUCUCCCUGACCUUCACCCUCCCCCAGCAGCCUGACCCCUGCGCAUCUCCCCCCCUCAGGGUGAACCUCUUCCUCCGCGGGCCCCCCCGACGCUGCCAGUCCCUCCCCUGCACCCCCAAGCAGGGGCACACCCUCGCCCUCCUCCGGGACCCCGACCUGCAGAGCUUGGGGAAAGAGGAGGAAGAGGAGGUAGAGGAGGUGGAGAAUGAAAGGAGGAAGGAGAAGGGAGGGAUGGUGGAGGAUGAAAGGAGGAAGGAGAAGGGAGGGAUGGUGGAGGAUGAAAGGAGGAAGGAGAAGGGAGGGAUGGUGGAGGAUGAAAGGAAGAAGGAGAAGUGA